UUUUGUAGCGCAACGCUGCACAGGGUAAGUGAUUAUCAAUUUUGCUUUUCCAAAAUUUCCCUGGCAUUUAAAUGAUUAUGACUUUGAAAAUCUGUCAAUCCACUGAAUCACUGUGAUGACACCUUUCAUUAAUUACGAAGACGACUUAUGAUUCCUUACGAGGAGCAAUGCCUUUGAAUUUACGGAAAAGCAAACCGCACUGCUCCUUUUGAUUUCAAGCUAACUCUUGCUUCAAGUAGACUCUAUGGCUGCCCUGGAGGCGCCCUUUCCCGUGCGAAUUGCCAAAAUUGCAGGCCGAUUCCUGGUAUUCGAGCCCGAGGCCGUGGCAUCGCUGCGACGACAAGUAAACCUCAACGGCGUCCUUGUCGGAACUGCUCCGCAGCAGCCGACGCAAAAUAUCUUUCUUGGUUUGCCUAUUGAGCUUCGUCCAGAGGAAGUCAAUGCCCUAGUGCAACAAGAUGCAGCCUAUGUUGUAGAUGAUACCGCCGCCCACAAAGCCACUCUCCGAAGCUUCGAAGAUCCUGCAGUUCGACAGGCCUAUGUCGAGUCGCUUCGUGAGCAACGGCUGGCUGCGCAGCUAGCGUUGAACGAACGUCAAGCUCAGAAGUCAGCCGAGGUGGCCGAGCUGAUGAAGAAGUCUAAGAAGAAGACAAAGGCAGGAAAGCCUGAAAAGGUGGCUGAAGCGGAGUCUCCUGCUACGCCGCGACCAUCGGCUGUGGAUAAUCCCCCGAGUAUCUCAGAGAAGCAGCUGAGCGUCACUCUCACAUCAAGUAGCAGUCUAAUCUCCCAAACAACUUCCCAGGAGCACAUAGACACAGAAGUCAAGCAAGGACCUCUGUGUCAGCACCUCCAGACCAACGGAUACCACAUGACCCCAGGCUUGAGAUUUGGUUCCAAUUACAGCGUCUACCCUGGCGAUCCCCUGAGAUUCCAUGCCCAUUUCAUGGCCAACGAAUAUCGCUGGGAUGAAGAAGUCCCUGUUUUGGAUCUUGUUGGAGGUGGCAGACUAGCUACUGCUGUAAAAAAGGCAUUCCUUGUUGGUGGCGAGCAGCCUGCCACAGACACUGAGCCAGCUGCUGUACGGACGUUCAGCAUCGAAUGGGCCGCCAUGUAA